ACACGCAUCGUAUGUUAUGCUUGACUCGUUUACGUGACGUGUGUAUGUACUGUGCAUGUGUACGUACGUAUCUUGUUCUAAAUUGAGCACAACUUGACGUAGAAUUCGGAGAAAUCUGCGUUUAUUGGAUAAGAUGGUGAAGACCGUUAAGCGUCGCUUAUCGAACCCGCAGGUGAUCCUUCAGUUAUGGGAGGCCAUCACGUGCAUCCGGCAGGGCAAGCAGGUGGCCAACCUUGAUCGCAUCUACCGCUUCAUGGAGCGCUCCUACGAGAUCUCCACCAAGGAGGUCCAGAAGCAGAUGGCCUUCGCUGUGAAGGAGGGCCUCUUGGUGAAGGAGCUGUCCAAGGCCAAGCAAGGACACAGGCAGGGAGAGACACAAGAUGCCUUCUGGUGUGCUGAAGAGAGAACUGAAGAGUCUGAGGAGCCCCAUGAUUGGUAUUGCUUUGAGUGCCACGCAGGAGGGGAUGUAUUGUGCUGUGGGACAUGCUACAGAGUCUAUCACGCAGACUGUGUGAAGGUCGAUGACCCCGAGAAGAUACUCAGUCUUUGGAUCUGUCCCAUUUGCGAGAGCUGCAAGAAGAAGACAGUCCAGAUGAGCAAAUGGGAUCUCAACAAAAUCUUACUCCAUGUUCUCAACAGAAUGAAAGAAAAGUCCAGAGAUCUAACAAAGAAGUUGAAUCUGAAUGAGUUACCCAAUUACUACAACCUAGUUUAUCAGCACAUGGAUCUUUCCAUCAUGAUGGAGAAACUGUCGGAGAAAAAGUAUCGCUCACUAGAAGACUUUGAAGGUGAUGCUAAUGCCCUCGUUCACAUUUCCCAUAUUUACCAUGGCCGUGUCAGUGAGAGAGCUGCUCUGUGUGUACAGACCCUCAAAGACUGCCUCUAUGAUCUAUCUGAAAUCCGUCUCUGCAAAGACUGCUACAUCAUGUCCAAUGAUCGAACACAGAAAGAUUGGUUUUGCAAACCAUGUCAUCCAGCUCACGAACUUGUCUGGGCCCAGAUGACUGGCUUCGGAUACUGGCCUGCUAAAGUACUACAGAAAACAGACUCGAGAGCAGAUGUUAGAUUCUUUGGUUCACGGCAUGAAAGGGCCUGGAUUGACCUCAUCCAUGUGCGCGACAUCACCACCGAACGAAAGAAAUUGAGACUGAAGCCCUCGAUGGGCUGGCGUUCUGCCGUUAAGGAGAUGGAGCUCUACAAGGCCACUCUGGCUGAAUACCAGGAGAGGGCUGCAAGCAGAUCCAAGGACCGGACCUCAUCGUCGUCUGGGCGGAAGAGGAAGCUGAAGAAGGAUGAUGAUGAUGAUGAGGAUAGUAGCAUGGUGGAGGAUGAGGAGGAGGAGGAGGAGGAUGCACAGUGUGAAGCGAGGCAUGUCAUCAGGGCAAGCUCUACAACAGAUGCAGGACAGGACCACAGUGUUAGCACCAGCCAGACCUCACCCCCGGUUCUGGAUGGACCUGUGAGCAAGAAACCCAAAGUGGAGGAGGGUUCAUCGUCGUCAGUAGCAGGAGCAAAGUCAGCAACGAAGUCAGCAACGAAGUCAGCAACGAAACCCAAAUUGGAACCAAAAACGAAACCAAAAAUGAAACCAGAAACAGAACCGGACCCCGAACCGAUGGAUGCAGUCCCGGAGCUCGAAAAUGCUGAAAAAAAAGAGGAAGACGACAAUGAUGACGAUGAUCCUGUAGAUGACGAUCCUUUAGAUGAUGACCCCAUAGAUGAUGAUCACGGAGAUGACGAUCCCAUAGAUGACGAUCCCAUAGAUGACGAACCCUCAGAUGACACCCUGGACGACACUCCACCACCACCUCUCGAGGAGGAAGGUACCAGUGAGAAUACGACGCCCAGUCUAAGAUCAGCCCCCAGCAGACUCGAAGAUAACUCCAAGACCAUGCCAGCUCUCCGAGUAAAGCUAGAGGCUGAUUAUAAGAAGAAGAUGGACAAGGCUGUCAAAGAAGCCCUAGAUAAGGCCAAGCAAGAAUGGCAUGCAGAGAAGGAGAAACUCCUGAAAGAGGCGAAGGACAAACUUGCCGCUGACGUUCAGAGAGCGAAGACGGAGACGGAACACAAAUGCAAGAAGGAGCUCAAUGAGCAGUUCCAAAAGCUUACAGAUGAGAUAUCUCAGACUAAGAAGAAACAGUGGUGUAUAAACUGUGAGAAGGAGGCCAUGUAUCACUGCUGUUGGAACACGUCGUACUGCAGCAUCAGCUGCCAGCAAGUCCAUUGGCAUCAGGAGCAUAAGAGACUCUGUCGACGCAAGCGAUGAAAACGCCCCAUCCCCCCACCCUUUCAUAGCCCAUAGAGACAGAUCCUUGUGACACUUGUACGCGAGCUUGGAGCUUGGAAGAGUUCUCUCCCCCUUACAAUAUCUACGGGAGGGAACUGCACUAACUGGUCACUGGUCAGUCAGAAAAGAAAGUUUCUGUGACUCUGAAUAAUUUCCCCCACCCUACAAUUUAUAUUGGGAAGGAACACUUGGAGAUUCGGUGAAACGACUGACCAGUCGGAAGAAAACUUUGGGUGACUUAAGUAUCUGUCUAAACUAGCUAUGCCCCCUCCAAUGCAUCCCUGUCCGAUUCGUCAGAUGUCUCAACUACAGAGCGGUUGAACCGAGAUGGCGACAAUAACCUUGGCGCUGAUGCAGUUUGGAUGUGACCAACCAGACAGGUCAUUCCAUUUCUGACUUGACAUUACUCGAGACAUGAUUCAUUGAAAUAGUCAUCUUUUCCAAGAGUUUACUUGCUACCCCUUUGUAAAAAUCUUCGUAUCUCCUUUGUCCCUCUUUCCACCCCUCCCCCCCCCCCCCAUUGUAUCUCCUCCCGCUCCGUUGUAUACGUUUGUCUCUUUGUUUGUUUGCGCCUGUAUUUUUUUCAUCUAUCCUCUCCAUAUGAUUUUGUCAGCAUAGUGAAUGUGUAAAUUUUUGAGACUUUUUUUCAAGGUGUAAACUAUAAAUGACUUGGGCCAAAGCAUUCAUGAAUUCUUAGAAGUACAUGGAUGUCAUAUAUGCAGUGUUUGAUAUAUAUCUAAUUGUGGAGCCUGUUGAAAGGAUAGACAAGUAAAUUAUAUUUCAAAAAGACACAUGGUGAAGUUGUGCUCUACAGCGAAAUGUUCCUCUUAUCGGUGAUGGGGAGAUCAAUGAUGCAUUGCUAGUUUUGGGAUUAUAGUUAGUAGGUUAACAAAUCUACAGAGCAGGAUUAUUGGAAGCUCUAAUUCUCACUACCGGUAUACAGCGAUAUGUUUCAUUUCAAAUAAUUUUAUGAACAUACUAUUACUAGGUUGUAGAAACUGAAAGGAAGCUUCAUGUAGUGAAGGUAUUUGAAAAUGGCCAUUUAGUACAUGUAAUUUCAUUUCUUCCUGUGAUUACACCAAGCAUAGAUUUUGGAAACAUUGCGAAAUUGAAAAAAUAAUAUAUUGGAAAACAUUGAGCGAGAAUGAUUAUUAUCAGGCAAGAAUGAUUAUUGUUUAGGUGACCCUAGAAAGUUGUAGGUAUGUUUGCAAACAGACAUAAAGACUGGGUAAUACUUGUCAUCAUUAAAAAAAAUCCAUGUUGGGGAGAAAUGGUACUCACAGUAUUAAUGUACUUAAUGAAUUAUCUCAUUUUUAAAGCUGAUUAUAGGAUCCUGUUUGGUGUUGUGAAACUUAAUGUCAUGUAGGCAUCAUGGUACCAGCAACUACUAGAUAAUAAUAUUUUAUUUUCAUCAUAUUGCAAUUUUCUAUAGCAUUUUCCUAGGCUUACAUAUGACUUUACAUGUGUAAAAUAUUGCCUCCUAUAAGAAUGCGUGUUGAAGACGACUAUUUUCUUACAGUGUGUGAGCGAAAAAGAGAGAAAGAAAUCUACAAAAUUAUGUGAAACAACGACUUUUAUAUCCAGAUCGAUUUAAAUUAUAGAGCAGUUAAAGAAGAUAGAGAGAAAUAUAAAGUGUAAAUAUUAUAUAUCUGUUAUAGAAAUCUCCAUAGGAUGAUGAUAUGUAGAAGUACUUGUGAAUACUCAUGAAUAAAGUGUUGGUGUUGUCAACCUUUUAGAGGUUCCCUUUGUAUAUUGCACAGGUCAACAACAUGCUGCAUAUUCUGUGUUAUAUUUCAAAAAAACUUGCUUGCUCCAACAUAAUGAUGCAUGAACAUCGCGCACAAGCCAAGCUACAUUGUAGUUACAGUAUGGCAUGGCUUUUAGUAGUCGCUGAUUGACUUUACAAAAUGACAUCCAUUCAUAUUUUUGUACUUUUUUUAUGUAAAAAGCAGUUUUUUUGCUAUGGUAUUGAAGUAUACAUUGCUUCUGCUGUUAUAUCAUUUAGUUCAAUAACUCUGUGUGCCAGGACUGUGAUACCCAGAUUGCCAAAUAUAUUAGUGUAUGGUUUUCCAAGGACACUAAACAUGUACUGGUUGCAAACAUCAACUCAAGCACUUCAUUGUAUGUUCUGGAAGUUGACCAAAGCUGAAAAAGAGAGUUAAAAUAAAAUGUUUUCGUACCAUGAUUUUUUUUGGAAAAGAUCUAGAAUUCGACUUGCUAUUGGAAUGAUCUUGUUUAAAUUAAAUUCAUUGGAUUAUUUUAGUACUUAGGAUCUUCAGGGCAGCGUUUCACGAAACCACGAUAAGUACAAGUUCACCGACAUCCCACUGAAAUGAGGGUUAAACUUAAUACACGCAUUUCAAUGGGAUGUCGGUGAACUUGUACUUAUCAUGAUUUUGUGAGACGCUGCCCAUAUCUUUAGUCUACUUAAUGUUUGCAAGCCUGUAGGAUAUGGAAGAUUGCCAAAUAUGAGCAAGACAUCUCAACAAGAAUAUAUAUGCCAUACCCCAAGUGAGUUUAAAUUGUCUGGAGUAAAUUGGGCGACAAAACAAGGUUUGAGUUGUAAGGAACCCCAUCCCCAUCUAACGUUUUGGCAAGAAAACAAUAAAUUGUCCCCAGCUGGACUCCUACAAUUAUUGUAACAGGAACAAAUUUGUUACGCAAAUAAAGUUUGUUAUAAAAUUCGAAUCGCUAUGACAGUACAUGUAUGUUUAUUAUUAAAAAGGGGAGGGGGCUUUGCUUUUAUACUUGAUGUCCAUUAAUGUGCACUGUGUCAUUAGAUGAUAAAUGCAUGUACAUUACUUUCUUUGUAUUACAUAUCAAAUACAUGUUUCUCUCCUUGUAAUGUCCUUUACCCACUUAUGCACAUUUUCUAACAAGAAGUUAAGAAUUGGCAGUAGUAUACAAUCCUAAGCCUGGAUGUACAUGCAAAACACCGCUUCUGUCAUUGAAGAUGCUUGAUUGUAUUUUUUUGGUGUAAAUUCCUUUUUAAUGAUUUACUUACAAAUGUCAACAGGGUAGCCCGUAAUCGUGAACCAGGUGCUGCUCUUAAUAGAAAGAUUAACAAUCAAUCGUUCACAAAUUCCAAAUAUAUUACACAUACAAGGUCUAAUGCCAGUUACUUUAUGCUAUAUAUAUUUGAUAUUAUAUUUUUGUGUAUGUCCUUGUUAUACUCAAGGUACAUGCAUGAUUGUGUUACAAAAAUGUAUAGCCUGCUUUUUUUUCUACUCCUUUUUUUUCUUCUUCAAUUUCCAUUCGUUCUUCUUCACAUUGUUUGGUGUUACAUUCUGGUGCAUAUUCUUUCUACUUUUUUUUUUGGUAGUUUGAGAGAUUUCUUCUUUCUAUUUCUCAUUAUGUAAAUAUUGCUAUGCUUUUGAAUAUUUUUGCCUAUUAAUGAGUACCGUAAGAGAAAUCAAACGAUCCAACAGAACUGAAAUAAUUGCAUGUUUAUCAAUAUUUUCUUCUGCCUUCUUUUGUGUAAAUUAAUUCAGAUUUUGUUUUCUUUUUCUGAUGGGUGUAAGACACCAAUUUUGUAUAUGGUUGUUUGUGGUAUUUUUUUUUUUUUUUUUGUCUUAAACUGGGGAAUACCAAGUAAUAUUCAGCGAUUUUGUUUUUUUUGUUUUUUUUUGUUGAACAAUUGGUUUAUGUGUUGGUUGUAGUGAAUGGGACUAUGAGAAGCUCAGCCAACUUGAGUAGUGUAAGAAAUGAAUAUGUGAUUCUCAUUAGUGGUACAAGUGUAGAUGGCAUGGAAGUCCACCUUUUGGGACAUUUUACAAGUUAAUGGGAAGGAACUGUUUUUAUGAAAGUCUGAUAGUUAAAUAUUUAUGACAUUCUGUGCGGAUGAUACAUUAUAAAUGUACUUGUGGGACCAAAUAUAUUAUGCUGCUUAAGAAAAGAAAAAAACAUGCGAGAAACACUCAAUGUUGCAUCUUUAUACAAAAUACAUGAUGGAUAAUUUGUAUUACCUUUAAAGUCUGUAAACCAUUAUGUUCACAACUGAAUGACAUAGAAGGAAAUUAGGAUGGAAAAUAACCUGAAUGCAUCUAUCCCAAUAUGUAUUGACCAAUGUCUGUGUCAUAUAUAUAUAUAUACAAAGAUGGGACAUGCACAGUGCAACUACACAUCUCAUAAUUCUUUUUUUAUUUUUAUUUGUGUACCAGUAAUUAUUUUUGCCACAGCAGUUUUCUGCCUCUUGUAUGUGUAUAAGGGGCUUUCUGGACCUGGACAUACAUGUACAUGUAGUGGUAAAUAUUUGUGAUAUGUCCACGCUAUUAAUUUUUUUACAAUUCUGAUUAUUCAAGGUACUCCUAACAUUGCUUACAGCAGCUUCUCUCAAUUUUGUAACCAUCACAACUCUCAAAAGCAA